GCCCUGGGAUCGCGUCACAAGUCGGCGACUGAGCCCUGGUGGUGGUGGCCAAGGCGGCGAAGGCAGCAGCGGCGGCGACAGCUCUGGGGUUUGCGUCUCGGGGUGUGUCGGCCGCCGCUGCUGCUUGAGCCUGGUAUGUACAAAUGGCUGGUUAGGAUUCUCGGCACCAUUUUCCGUUUGUGCGAUCGGCCGGUGCCCCCUGCCCGGGCCCCCCUGAAGAGGCGGCGCUCGAACAGCACUCUGUUUUCUACAGUGGAUACUGAUGAAAUACCAGCCAAAAGACCAAGACUAGAUUGCUUUAUUCACCACGUGAAAAACACACUCUACAAUGCUGCCAGUUUAUUUGGAUUCCCAUUCCAGCUGACCACAAAGCCUAUGGUGACUUCCGCUUGUAAUGGAACUUGCAAUGCGACCCCUUCAGGAGAGGUAUUUUCAAACUCUUCAUCUUGUGAACUGACAGGUUCUGAAUCCUGGAACAAUAUGCUGAAACUAGGUAAUAAAUCUCCUAAUGGAAUAAGUGACUAUCCAAAGAUCAGAGUGACUGUAACCCGAGAUCAGCCUCGCAGAGUUCUGCCUUCCUUUGGAGAGAGAGGGAGACAGAGAGAUGAGAGAUACAUAGCACGGCUCCACUCUGCAUGGAGCUCCCCUGAUAACAUCCAUGGUUCUCUCAUGUGGCGAAAUGGCUUGAAGUCAGGUCCAUGUGCAUGUUUUACUAUGAACUCAGAAGGUUAUACUAGAAGACCGGGUGGCCGUCGCCAUAGCAGAGGCAAUCCAGAGAGUUCCUUAAUGUGGAGACCUCAGGAACAGAUUGUAACAGAGGCUUCUGAAGAGAGUGGCAAGGGGCUGAGGCGUCCCCACUGUACUGUGGAAGAGGGUGUUCAAAAUGAGGAAAGAGAAAAGUACCGAAGGUUACUGGAGCGACUUAAGGAAGGUGGUGGCCAUGGAAGCUCUGUUCCUCCUGGAACUUCAACUCAUCACAGUUCUCAAAGAAGUCAUAUGGACACAUUAAAGACCAAAGGCUGGGGGGACGAGCAAAGUCACGGAGUCAAAACAACUCAGUUUGUUCCAAAACAAUAUAGAGUUGUUGAAACAAGAGGACCUCUUUGUUCAGUGAGAAGUGAAAAGAGGUGUCCAAAGGGAAAAUUUUCUGAUCCAGAGAAGAUAGUGGGAAUCAGACUUGAAAGUGAAGGUAGAAGGGGACACCAGCUAGAACCUGACUUAUCUGAAGAAGUGUCAGCUCGACUCCGCUUGGGCAGUGGAAGCAAUGGCUUACUCAGAAGGAAAUCAUCCAUACCUGAGACAAGAGAGAAAAACUGCUUAGCUAAAGAGAGGGAUAAAAGGACGGAUGACCUUCAUGAACUUACAGAGGACAUGGAAAAGGAAAUUAGUAAUGCCCUAGGCCAUGGCCCACAGGAUGAAAUCUUAAGUAGUGCUUUCAAACUGCGAAUCACUCGAGGAGAUAUCCAGACCUUGAAGAACUAUCACUGGCUCAACGAUGAAGUCAUUAAUUUUUACAUGAAUCUUCUAAUGGAAAGAAAUAAAAAACAAGGCUAUCCGACACUUCAUGCAUUCAGCACUUUCUUCUAUCCUAAAUUAAAGUCUGGGGGUUAUCAAGCAGUGAAAAGAUGGACCAAAGGAGUUAAUCUCUUUGAACAAGAACUUAUUCUAGUGCCUAUUCAUCGUAAGGUCCAUUGGAGCCUGGUGGUGAUAGACCUAAGGAAAAAGUGUCUGAAGUACCUGGAUUCUAUGGGGCAAAAGGGGCACCGGAUCUGUGAGAUUCUUCUUCAGUAUUUACAGGAUGAAAGUAAGACCAAAAGAAAUAUUGAUCUGAAUCUCCUGGAGUGGACCCAUUAUAGCAUGAAGCCACAAGAAAUUCCUCAACAGUUGAAUGGGAGUGACUGUGGAAUGUUUACUUGUAAAUAUGCAGAUUAUAUCUCUAGAGACAGACCUAUCACAUUCACUCAGAACCAGAUGCCUCUCUUCCGGAAGAAGAUGGUAUGGGAAAUCCUUCAUCAGCAAUUGCUGUGAAAAUGCCCUGCUGUUCCCUUUAGCUGCUGGUGGUUCGUUCAUGGACAGAUGUCUCCAUAUACCUCAUGCACCGUGGGUUGAAAAGUCCCUUUGUCACUUCUGUUCUCUCACAGGCACUGAGUUGGCAAGUGUGUGACGGCCCCUCACUGUACUUGACGUGCGGGAGGGGAACUUGUAACCCUGGUGUAAGACUGUGCCUGCUCAGAGCCUUGGACAAUUCAACCCACACAGAACAAACACUAAUUAAUACUUUUUUUUUUUUAAAGUUUUUUUUUUCCCUAUGAAUGUGGGAAAUGCAAGAUUUUAUUAUAUGAUUUUUUUUUUUCUGUGUGUUUGUUCAUGUGUAUUCAUUCACUCACUCAUUUCAGAUAUGAGCGGCGGUCAUGUCCUACUGCUCUUUUACAGUUAACUCUAAAUUACUUAUUUGAAUUAUUUAUUUCUAAAAAGAAUGUUAAUCAAGCUGCCACUCCCUGCUGAAGAUCAGGAGGGUAAUCAGUUGGGGGAAGAAGGAAGUGUUCACUUCUUUAAUGCUGGAGCAGUAACUGCCAACUUGAAGCUGGAGGUCUUACUUUCCUUGAUGCUUGAGAAUGCUGGGAAAGCACUGGUGUGGGGAUCUCAGUGCUCUAUAGAGGAAGUCUGACAGCGUCGGCAUGGGGUGGACCUCUAGCCAAGGAACUCCGCCUAUCCAAGAGGUCAGUCUUCAGGAGACUGUCAUGGUCAUUCUAAACUAGACUUCCUAACUUCCUGGAAAUGAGGUGACUUAGCUACUCUUGAAACUGGAUUUGACAUAACUGUAAAACCUGUAUCAUCAUAUACAUCCCAGAUCUGGUUGAAUUUAAAAUGCAGACUUGUGAGGGCUGGCCUGAACUAUGUAUUUCAGAAGAUACUAUUCAAUUUAAAGCUAUUUUUUCUCAAAGGUUUUUUUUUUUAUAUAUAUAAAGCUGAAAUUAAGUUUUAUACUCAUUAGGAUGUCCAUUCACCUCUCUCCUCCCACCCCCACCCUACUUGCCCCACUGGGAUUUGUGGAAGAAAGUUUACCACUUGGCUCUGCGAUUGCCAGUUAUACAAUAGUCUAUUUUGCAUAUGAAAGUUUGUAUUUUUUUGUUCAUUAAAAACUUUACAGAUGUUACAAAAUUUUAAUUUCAGAAGAUUGAGAGUUGGUCAGAACAUAUUUUGCAAGAUCUAGUGCCUAGUGUUGCUUUUCCAAUGUAAUAAAAGGUUGUCUGGCAGAA